GCCACCCUGCGUGCGCCGCCCCCCUCGUCCCGGGGGCGCAGCUGAUCCCGGAAUCUGAGGCGUGGGGCCGGCGGGGCGCAGGGUCCCGCUCCACGCCGGCUUCGGGGACACGCGUCACCCCCGCAUCUCUGCCCGGGACGACCCCGCUGCCCAGCCACGUCCAUGCCAAGGGCUCCCUGCUCCACGCUGACAUGGCUGACAGCGACUUACCACCCUCAUCUGCAGCAGUCCCGGACCCUGAGCCGGGAAUCACCGAGCAGCCGGGGCCCCGGAGUCCCCCUCCAUCCCCUCCAGGUCUGGAGGAGCCACUGGAUGGAACCAACCCUGACAUCCCGCAUCCAGACCUGGCACCCGUUGCCUUCUUCUGCCUGCGCCAGACCACGAGCCCACGGAACUGGUGCAUCAAGAUGGUAUGUAACCCGUGGUUCGAGUGUGUGAGCAUGCUGGUCAUCCUGCUGAACUGCGUGACCCUGGGCAUGUAUCAGCCGUGUGACGACAUGGAGUGCCUCUCAGACCGCUGCAAGAUCCUGCAGGUCUUCGACGACUUCAUCUUCAUCUUCUUCGCCAUGGAGAUGGUGCUUAAGAUGGUGGCCCUGGGCAUUUUCGGCAAGAAGUGCUACCUCGGGGACACGUGGAACCGCCUGGAUUUCUUCAUUGUCAUGGCCGGGAUGGUCGAGUACUCCCUGGACCUACAGAACAUCAACCUGUCAGCCAUCCGCACUGUGCGUGUCCUGAGGCCUCUCAAAGCCAUCAACCGUGUUCCCAGCAUGCGGAUUCUGGUUAACCUGCUGCUGGACACGCUGCCCAUGCUGGGAAACGUGCUCCUGCUCUGUUUCUUCGUCUUCUUCAUCUUCGGCAUCAUCGGCGUGCAACUCUGGGCAGGCCUGCUGCGGAACCGCUGCUUCCUGGAGGAGAACUUCACCAUACAAGGGGACGUGGCCUUGCCCCCUUACUACCAACCAGAGGAGGAUGACGAGAUGCCCUUUAUCUGCUCCCUGUCGGGGGACAAUGGCAUUAUGGGCUGCCACGAGAUCCCUCCACUCAAGGAGCAGGGCCGAGAAUGCUGCCUGUCCAAAGAUGACGUGUAUGACUUCGGGGCGGGACGCCAAGACCUCAACGCCAGUGGCCUCUGCGUUAACUGGAACCGCUACUACAACGUCUGCCGCACGGGCAACGCCAACCCUCACAAGGGCGCCAUCAACUUUGACAACAUUGGCUAUGCCUGGAUCGUCAUCUUCCAGGUGAUCACUCUGGAAGGCUGGGUGGAGAUCAUGUACUACGUGAUGGACGCACACUCUUUCUACAACUUCAUCUACUUCAUCCUGCUCAUCAUAGUGGGCUCCUUCUUCAUGAUCAACCUGUGCCUCGUUGUCAUAGCGACCCAGUUCUCCGAGACCAAGCAACGGGAGCACCGGCUGAUGCUGGAGCAACGCCAGCGCUACCUGUCCUCCAGCACAGUGGCCAGUUACGCCGAGCCCGGUGACUGCUAUGAGGAGAUCUUCCAAUAUGUCUGUCACAUCCUUCGCAAGGCCAAGCGCCGCGCUCUGGGCCUCUACCAGGCCCUGCAGAACCGGCGUCAGGCCACGGGCCCGGGGACACCAGCCCCUGCCAAGCCUGGGCCGCAUGCCAAGGAGCCCAGCCACUGCAAGCUGUGCCCACGACACAGUCCCCUGGACACCACUCCCCAUACACUGGUGCAGCCCAUCUCCGCCAUUCUGGCCUCUGACCCCAGCAGCUGCCCUCGCUGCCAGCACGAGGCAGGCAGGCGGCCCUCCGGCCUGGGCAGCACUGACUCAGGCCAAGAAGGCUCCAGUUCUGGCGGCUCUGCAGAGGCCGAAGCCAAUGGCGAUGGACCCCAGAGCAGCGAGGACGGGGUCUCCUCAAGCUUGGGGAAGGAGGAGGAACAGGAGGAUGGGGCAGGCCGACUGUGUGGGGAUGUGUGGCGAGAGACACGGGCCAAGCUGCGGGGCAUCGUGGACAGCAAGUACUUCAACAGAGGCAUCAUGAUGGCUAUUCUGGUUAACACUGUCAGCAUGGGCAUCGAGCACCAUGAACAGCCCGAGGAGCUGACCAACAUCCUGGAGAUCUGCAACGUGGUCUUCACCAGCAUGUUUGCCUUGGAGAUGAUCCUGAAGCUGGCUGCCUUUGGGCUCUUUGACUACCUGCGGAACCCUUACAACAUCUUCGACAGCAUCAUUGUCAUCAUCAGCAUCUGGGAAAUCGUGGGGCAGGCUGAUGGCGGCCUGUCCGUGCUGCGCACCUUCCGGUUGCUGCGGGUGCUGAAGCUGGUGCGCUUCAUGCCGGCGCUUCGGCGCCAGCUCGUGGUGCUCAUGAAGACGAUGGACAACGUGGCCACCUUCUGCAUGCUGCUCAUGCUCUUCAUCUUCAUCUUCAGCAUCCUUGGGAUGCAUAUCUUUGGCUGCAAAUUCAGCCUCCGCACGGACACUGGAGACACAGUCCCUGACAGGAAGAACUUUGAUUCCUUACUGUGGGCCAUCGUCACUGUGUUUCAGAUCCUUACUCAGGAAGACUGGAACGUUGUCCUGUAUAAUGGCAUGGCCUCCACCACCCCCUGGGCCUCCCUCUAUUUUGUUGCCCUCAUGACCUUUGGCAACUAUGUUCUCUUCAAUCUCCUGGUGGCUAUCCUGGUCGAGGGCUUCCAGGCUGAGGGUGAUGCUAACCGCUCCUACUCAGAUGAGGACCAGAGCUCAUCCAACUUGGAGGAGCUUGACAAGCUCCCAGAGGGCCUGGACAGCGGCAGAGAUCUCAAGCUCUGCCCGAUACCCAUGACGCCCAAUGGACACCUGGACCCUAGCCUCCCUCUGGGUGGGCAUCUGGGUCCUGCUGGUGCCAUGGGUGCUGCCCCCCGCCUCUCACUGCAGCCAGACCCAAUGCUGGUGGCCCUAGAAUCCCGGAAAAGCAGUGUCAUGUCGCUGGGCAGGAUGAGCUAUGAUCAGCGAUCCUUGUCCAGCUCCCGGAGCUCCUACUAUGGGCCCUGGGGCCGCAGUGGGACCUGGGCCAGCCGCCGCUCCAGCUGGAACAGCCUGAAACACAAGCCACCUUCAGCUGAGCAUGAGUCCCUGCUCUCCGGGGAGCGUGGUGGUAGCUGCGUCAGGGCCUGUGAAGGCGCCCGGGAGGAGGCGCCACCUCGCGCUGCACCCCUGCAUGCCCCGCACACCCACCACGUGCACCAUGGACCCCACAUGGCGCACCGUCACCGCCAUCACCGCCGGACUCUGUCCCUCGAUACCAGGGACUCUGUUGACCUAGCAGAGCUGGUGCCUGUGGUGGGUGCCCACUCGCGGGCUGCUUGGAGGGCAGCGGGCCAGGCCCCUGGGCACGAGGACUGCAAUGGCAGAAUGCCCAACAUAGCCAAGGAUGUCUUCACUAAGAUGGACGACCGCCGCGACCGUGGGGAGGACGAGGAGGAGAUCGACUACACCCUGUGUUUCCGCGUCCGCAAGAUGAUUGAUGUGUACAAGCCCGACUGGUGCGAAGUCCGCGAGGACUGGUCGGUCUACCUCUUCUCCCCCGAGAACAAGCUGCUAGAUCUGAGAAAUGGUUCUACAGAACGCAUUUUCCUCACGGUGUCUAACUACAUCUUCACAGCCAUCUUCGUGGGCGAGAUGACACUGAAGGUGGUCUCUCUGGGCCUGUACUUCGGUGAGCAGGCUUACUUGCGUAGCAGCUGGAACGUCCUGGAUGGUUUCCUGGUCUUUGUGUCCAUCAUCGAUAUCGUGGUAUCCGUGGCCUCUGCGGGGGGAGCCAAGAUCCUGGGGGUCCUCCGCGUCCUGCGGCUCCUGCGUACCUUACGUCCUUUGAGGGUCAUCAGCCGGGCCCCAGGGUUGAAGCUGGUGGUAGAGACGCUCAUCUCUUCCCUCAAGCCGAUCGGAAACAUCGUCCUCAUCUGCUGCGCCUUCUUCAUCAUCUUUGGCAUCCUGGGGGUGCAGCUUUUCAAAGGCAAGUUCUAUCACUGUCUGGGAGUGGACACCCGAAACAUCACCAACCGAUCAGACUGUGUGGCCGCCAACUACCGCUGGGUGCAUCACAAAUACAACUUUGAUAACCUGGGCCAGGCUUUGAUGUCCCUCUUUGUCUUGGCCUCCAAGGAUGGCUGGGUGAAUAUCAUGUAUAAUGGAUUGGAUGCUGUUGCUGUGGACCAGCAGCCGGUGACGAACCACAACCCCUGGAUGCUGCUGUACUUCAUCUCCUUCCUGCUCAUCGUUAGCUUCUUUGUGCUCAACAUGUUCGUGGGUGUGGUCGUGGAGAACUUCCACAAGUGCCGGCAGCACCAGGAGGCUGAGGAGGCACGGAGGCGCGAGGAGAAACGGCUGCGGCGCCUGGAAAAGAAGCGCCGUAAGGCUCAGAGGCUGCCCUACUAUGCCACCUACUGCCCCACAAGGCUGCUCAUCCACUCCAUGUGUACCAGCCACUACCUGGACAUCUUCAUCACCUUCAUCAUCUGCCUCAAUGUGGUCACCAUGUCCCUGGAGCACUACAACCAGCCUACAUCCCUAGAGACAGCCCUCAAGUACUGCAACUACAUGUUCACCACUGUCUUUGUGCUGGAGGCUGUGCUGAAGCUGGUGGCGUUUGGCCUGAGGCGUUUCUUCAAGGACCGAUGGAACCAGCUGGACCUGGCCAUUGUGCUGCUGUCUGUCAUGGGCAUCACACUGGAGGAGAUUGAGAUCAAUGCGGCCCUGCCCAUCAACCCCACCAUCAUCCGUAUCAUGCGCGUUCUGCGUAUUGCCCGGGUGUUGAAGCUGUUGAAGAUGGCCACGGGAAUGCGGGCCCUGCUGGACACGGUGGUACAGGCUCUGCCCCAGGUGGGCAACCUAGGCCUCCUCUUCAUGCUGCUCUUCUUCAUCUACGCUGCUCUGGGAGUGGAGCUCUUCGGAAAGCUGGUCUGCAAUGACGAGAACCCGUGUGAGGGCAUGAGUCGGCAUGCCACCUUCGAGAACUUCGGCAUGGCCUUCCUCACACUCUUCCAGGUCUCCACAGGCGAUAACUGGAACGGGAUUAUGAAGGACACUCUGCGAGACUGCACCCACGACGAGCGCAGCUGCCUGAGCAGCCUGCAGUUUGUGUCGCCUCUCUACUUCGUGAGCUUCGUGCUCACGGCUCAGUUCGUGCUCAUCAACGUGGUGGUGGCUGUGCUGAUGAAACAUCUGGAUGACAGCAACAAGGAGGCCCAGGAGGAUGCAGAGAUGGAUGCCGAGAUCGAGCUGGAGAUGGCCCAUGGCCUAGGGCCUGGGCCUGGCCCCUGUCCCUGUCCCUGUCCCUGCCCCUGCCCCUGUCCUGGCCCGAGGAUGCCCACCAGCUCACCGGGGGCUUCAGGCCGGGGAUCAGGAGGGGCAGGAGUUGGAGGCGACACUGAGAGCCACCUGUGCCGGCACUGCUAUUCUCCAGCCCAGGAGACCCUGUGGCUGGACAGCGUCUCUUUAAUCAUCAAGGACUCCUUGGAGGGGGAGCUGACCAUCAUUGACAACCUGUCUGGCUCCAUCUUCCACCACUACUCCUCACCUGCUGGCUGUGGCAAGUGUCACCACGACAAGCAAGAGGUGCAGCUGGCUGAGACAGAGGCCUUCUCCCUGAACUCAGACAGGUCCUCGUCCGUCCUGCUGGGGGAUGACCUGAGUCUGGAGGACCCCACGGCCUGCCCGCAGGGCCCCAAGGAGAGCAAGGGUGAGCUAGAGCCUCCGGAGCCCAUGCAGGCUGGGGACCUGGAUGAAUGCUUUUUCCCCUUUGCCAGUGAGCCAGUGUCUGCAGGCCCAGAGAGCCUGCUGUGUGAGAUGGGGGCCAUUCCAUUCAACCCCGUCCAGUCCUGGCUCAAACACGAGAGCAACCAAGCACCCCCGAGCCCUUUCUCCCCGGAUGGUUCCAGCCCUCUGCUGCAGAUGCCUGCCGAGUUCUUCCACCCUGCUGUGUCAGCCAGCCAGAAGGGGCAGGAACCGGGCAUGAGUGCAGGGACCCUGCCCAAGAUUGCACUUCAGGGGUCCUGGGCAUCCCUGAGGUCACCGAGUGUCAACUGCACCCUCUUGCGCCAGGCUACUGUGAGUGACACCUCCUUGGAUGCCAGCCCUAGCAGCUCAGCGGGCAGCCUGCAGACCACACUGGAGGACAGUUUGACCCUGAGUGACAGUCCUCGGCGUGCCCUGGGACCACCGGUCCAGGUGCCCGGGCCACGGGCUAGCCUAUCACCUGCCACUCGGCGCCGCCUCAGCCUGCGGGGUCGUGGCCUGUUUAGUUUGCGUGGGCUGCGGGCCCAUCAGCGUAGCCACAGCAGUGGUGGCUCCACCAGCCCUGGCUGCACUCACCAUGACUCCAUGGACCCCUCUGAUGAGGAGGGCCGCGGGGGCGCAGGUGGCGGGGGCGCGGGCAGUGAGCACUCCGAGACCCUCAGCAGCCUGUCACUCACAUCUCUCUUCUGCCUACCACCCACGCUGCCACCACCCGGCCUCACCCCAGCCAGGAAGUUCAGCAGUACCAGCAGCCUGACCGCUGGACCUGGCCGUCCUGGCGCCACUGUCUCGGUCCGUGGCCUGGUCAGGAGCCCCUCCUGGGCUGCAGACCGCAGCAAGGACCCACCAGGCCAGGCACAGCUGGCCUCAGGCUUGGGCUCCUCAGCACCCGAGCCACAGCCACCUCCCGGGGAGUCAACGGAUGCGGCGAGCAAAAGGAAGAGAUGAGGGGCCGCAGGGGCUGUGGGGGGACCUGCUACCCGCUGUCCUCCCGCCUGCCCCAUCUUGCCUUCUUUUAACCUCAGGAGCCAGGGAGCAGACAGCAAUACUUUGCCCACACCUGGGAGUGGCAUAGGGGCCAGCCAGCGCCAGGCCACUGGGCAGGCGACUGAGAGGGUCUGGGUUAGCCGAGGCUCAGAUGCGGCCCCGUCCGAGGCCCUUCCAGUGCAUAUGCAGAUAUAUAUACAUAUAUAUAGAGAGACAGACAUAUAUUUAUUUAUUUUUUUUACUGAGAGCUUAUGAAUUCCAGAACGUGCUAAAGUUGAGGGUGCAGGCCAGGGCCCAGACAGGGAUCUCGUCUGUGGGUUAGCACACAGGCUUUCACAGCAGAGAUGCUCCUGCUGGGGCAUCAGUGGCUGUAGUUUUAGGGGUCUCCCAGAGUUGAGAGCAGCUUGGGAGAGCGUUCAGGGCCCAGGAGACAGAAGAGAAGCAAUUCAGGGUGCACUUUUCCCCCCCUUUUCAAGAAGAAAUCCUACUAAGUUCCUCAGCCCCUACCCCAUACGUCAGGGUAUCAGUCUUGUCCCUCUGACUUUCGUGUUGUUGUGAAGUCUUUUGUAGACACUCUUGACACAGACUUUCUUAGCCAGCUAGAUGUUCUCUUAGAAAAACCGCAAUGGGGGGGGGGAUUUUAGUCAUAUUUCUUAGAGCAGGGUUGGGGGCUCAGGGUGCAGUUUUGAUGUCAGUGAGCACACCCCCUGAAGGCAGCAAACAGGAAUAAUUCAUGAAAGGAGGGGGGCAGGUGAAGGGAGUCAGUGGUACUUACUUGGUCCACGCAGAUGCCCCGUAACUGGGACUGUUGGGUGCAUGGGAAAUUUCUGUCCUGAUCCACUAUGAAGGCCUUGUACUUCAGCUUUCCAGGGGAUUAUGGUCACCCACCCGGAGCAGCCCUACCCUCGCCCCAGGGGUGUUUGGGGUAACAAAUCUGAAGUGGGCUCUGGACACCCGCCCAAACCCUGCCUCCAGCCUUUCCCCACCCCGACACCCUUAACCUCCUUGGACUCACGUUUACCCCUGAGUACGUCUCGCUGUCUCAAGCUGUGGGCUGGGUCUCGCUGUGGUCCUGCUUCCUGAAUGAGUUCAGGACGGGUUUUAAAUCAGCUGGAAGAGUGUGGCCGCCUGCUACUACUGCUGCUCAGGGCAGUAUCAUGGGGUGCUUGCCCACAUUGCCAAGGGUCACAUUGGGGCCCUGUGAAGAACAUGGGUGUCUCGUCUCUGCUCCCGAGUCCUGAGUUCUCAGAAGUGGCCUUCUAGCCAGGCUAGUGGGCAGCAUUUGUGUUUGUAGACUCCGGGGGUGUUCCCAUCCAUCGCUGGGAUCCUGGGGUCAGGGUAUUGUGGGGAAGUGGGAAAUAGUGAGGGGUACUGCCCGUGAAGCCCUUCUUAGAGGUGAGGAGUGGGAAAGUGCUUGUUAGACCUGCUUUAUAGAUGGGUAAACUGAGGCUCUCGGUAACAGAAGUAGCCAUUUGGCCCUGGCAGCAAAGAGCCUAGGUCACCUGUGAGGGGGUCCUGGCCUGAACAUCUGGACUGUGUCUGUGCUCUUCAGAGGUGGUGGUCAAUAGCAUCCAGCACCCUCUGCUUUCUGGGUCCAGUCAGGCAGUUCUCUCAGUCUUCAGGGGGCCCCUGUGUGAUUAUGCUGCUCUCCACAGCCAGUGUUCUCCCUAUCAGGGCUCUGAGGCUGGGGAGGGAUGUCCAGGCAUCCAGAAUUCUACACUGUGUCCCCAGAGCAAGCAGACAUGUUGAAGGGUGUUCUAGGGAAACGGGCAAGGUUUUAAGCAAGGGCUAUAGCUGGGCACAGCAAGGCAUCCAGAGAGAACCAUUAGCCGAGCCUAGAAACACAGCAACCUUAGGUGGGGUGGGUUCCCUUAGGAUCAAGAUCCUAGGCAUUUGACUUGUGUCUGUUGGGGGGGGGGGUC